GGCGAUCAAGAGUGCAGUGUGCGUGUGGAUAUGGUUAGACCACCUUGUUGCGAGAAGAUUCAGGUGAAGAAAGGGCCAUGGACUCCCGAAGAAGACAUAAUCUUGGUCUCUUAUAUCCAACAACACGGCCCUGGAAACUGGAGAUCUGUUCCUGCAAACACCGGUUUGCUAAGGUGUAGCAAGAGUUGCAGACUUAGAUGGACUAAUUACCUUCGUCCCGGGAUCAAACGAGGAAAUUUCACUCAACCGGAAGAGAAGAUGAUUAUCCACCUUCAAGCUCUUUUGGGUAACAGAUGGGCAGCUAUAGCAUCAUAUCUACCUCAGAGGACCGACAAUGAUAUCAAGAACUAUUGGAACACUCAUCUUAAAAAGAAACUCUUGACGAUGAAGCUUCAAAACGGUAUCAUCAACGGAGACAAAACCAAUAUGGCGACAGAGAUUUCGUCUUGUAAUAAUAACAACAAUGGAUGUAAUCACAACAAAAGGAUCGACAACAAAGGCCAAUGGGAGAAAAAGCUUCAAACAGAUAUCAACAUGGCCAAACAAGCGUUAUUCCAAGCCUUGUCAUUUGACCAACCAUCUUCAUUGAUCCCUCCCGAUCCUGACUCACCAAAUCGUCAUCAUCAUUCUACCACCACUUAUGCCUCAAGCACAGAUAACAUCUCUAAAUUACUCCAGAACUGGACAAGCUCAUCAACUUCAAGGCCUAACACUUCAUCAGUCUCCAAAACCCGUAGCUCAAGCCCCGGUGAAAGAGGAGUUUUUGAUCAUCACUCUUUGUUCUCAUCGAACUCAGAGUCUGGAUCAGUUGAUGAGAAGCUGAAUUUGAUGUCGGAGACAAGCAUAUUCAAAGGUGAUCAGAGCAAGCCAAACAUAGACAUGGAAGCUACUACUACUACUACUGAUGAUCAAGGCUCGCUGUCUUUGAUCGAGAAAUGGUUGUUUGACGAUCAAGGCUUGGCUCAGUGUGAUGAUAAUCAAGAAGAUCUCAUCAAUGUAUCUUUAGAGGGGUAAUACUAAUGAUUACAACAGUCAAGAUUUGUUCUAAGAAAAUAAAACGUAUAGAACAAU